AUGGCUGAUAUACUUACUCCUAAUGAUAUCAAUCAGGCCCCAUAGGCUUACCUACAAGACCAAAUGGUAUCUCAUAAUUAAGCACCUGCUGUACCAUAAGCAUAACAAAAUAAUCCCAUUUUUGUAUAUGCUCCUCAAAUGUAAUAAAAAAAUCAAAUGACUUAUGCUAAAAAUCAAGUCCAACCUGUCUAGUACCCAUAAUUAUAACAACCUCAGCUAUAUCUUUAAUAACCUUUAUUACCAAAUUAAUAACAACAAUUACCUUAACCCUAAGUAACCUAAAAAUAGGAUACUUUGAAGCACUAGGAGCUAAGCUAAGCUGGUUAUAUGGAGAGAAGACAUUUUAACAUGUCAGUCUUAAAAUAUUUCUUAUUCUUUCAAGCUUUUGCUCUCCUUUUAUGUUUAUGUUCUUAUAGGAAUGGCUUCAUUAAGCUUUCUUAUAACUUGAGUGGGUAUUUCAAAUUACCCUUCUACAUUUUUGUUUCUGUAAUGAGCUUGUCUUUAUUAUAUUCAUACACAGCUCACAAAAAAUUAAGAGAUAAACAACUAAGAUUUAUUUUGCUUGUGGCUUAUACUUUGUCCUAUGGAUUUUUCUUUUAAGCUAUUUACUCCUCUACUUAUUAUUAUUAUAAUUAUUCCAAUUACGAAGGAGGUUAUCUCAAAACAUUCAGUGGUGAUGACGAGAUUGUAAUUAUCAUACUGUGCUUCAUCAAUCUUGAAACUUAUUCCUUAUUUUCCUAUUGCAUGUAGGAAGUUGAACAAUUAAGCAUAAAAAGUUAAAAUUAAUAAUUAUAUUUCUAGAAUCAUUCUGGUAUAUAGUUUUACCAAAUGUCACUUUCGGAGCUAUUCUGUUCUCUCUUUAUUACAAAUACGACAUAUUAUGUAUAUUGAUAGUAGUGAGUUGCUGUUAUGGAUUUUACCUCCAAUUUACACUAAAGAGAAUGACUUGUUCUAAGAAAGUAAAUUUUUAAUUAUAUUUUAGUUUAAAUUAAGAUCAGAUGAUGGUCAAUUUGCUGCAGUUUUGUUUAGCUUCCUGUUAUUGGUUCCAUUCUUUGAUUUGAAAUGCAAGAGCAAUGAAUAACAAGUGAAGAAACCCCAAAGUAAAAAUACUGAAUAGAAAAAUGUACAAUGA